GAACGAAUGUCGUGUAUAAAAUCACAUGCAAUGAUUGUUCUUCAUGUUAUAUAGGGUAAACCAAACGUCACUUAGAAACACGUAUUAGGGAACACCAUAACGAUGUUAAAAAGCAUGAAAGCAAUCAUUCAUAGCGUCUUCCAUUGGAAAAAAACUCGCUGGCACUCAGUGCCCCCUAGUUUUUAAUUUUUUAUGGAGAUUACACAAAACGCCACCAGUUCUAAAUAGUUUUACACUUUCAAUGAAAUAAAGACAUUAGAACUCAGUUUUAACAAAAACGGCGCAGUGUUGAGAGGAAAAGACUUUGAGGUUAAUUAGCACAGCUGCCAGCUGCAUUUAUCUGGAUCUCUUUUUAUUUUUUUUAUAUAUAUUUUACAAUGACGAGUGAAAAAAACGAUUUAAAAGCUAUUUACUUAAAAAUAAACUCAUUAGAAUCAAUAUGUUGUGAAGUGGACAAAAAUACAUACUAUCGAUUGAAACAUAUCAAUAACUAUGCGGUGGAUUUUGUUCUUCAAUUAGUAGAAAGAGAAAUAUUAAAAUUAGAAGAAAGUAUAGUUUCAUUAGCUCUUUCUUUUGAUGAUACAACAUUUAUUCCAGUGGUUUUAAACAAUGAUUGUGGUUUAACUUCAUCAAAUACAGAAAUAAAUCUUCAGGAUGAGAAUAUUUUUACUGCAAGUCAAAAUGAUGUUUGUACAAAAAAAUUAGAAGAUUGCAAUGAUGAUAGUGAUAAAUUAUGGACCAUCCCUGAAACGAAAUUUCUGUUGGAUAAAUACAAUUCAUACCUUUCAUUAGUGGGUCCAAUGAAAAGGUACAAAACUAAAAAAGUCAUGUGGAACCGAAUUGCCCAAGAUUUAAAGGAAAUUUUGAACAUUGAACGGACUGGUGUGCAAUGUGAAAAUAGAUAUAAAACGGUUAUAAAAAGAAAGAAAAAAUCAAUAGAUAAUAACAGCAAAUCAGGUUCUAGCAGAAUGGAGGUUGAGUAUGAAGAAGAACUGAAGAAAAUUUCAGCAGCAGACGAUAGUAUCGAACCAGAAAUUUUAAGAGGUGUAACAAACAUCAAAAAUAAUGUAGCAUUGAAAUCGUGCAAUCUAAAAAUAUCAAACACAGAAGUUAAAAAGAAGACUAAGAAAUCUUUGCAAGAUAUUUUAUAUGACAUUAAUGAGAGAAAAGAAGCAGCAAAACAACGUCGUCACAAAGAAAAGUUAAAAUUAUUAAAAGAAUUAUACAAGAAAGGAUGCAAGGAUCAAGAAAACACGUCUGAAGAAAGUGAUAACCAGGAAAAUGAAAAUUAAUCAUUAUACGUUUAUAUUCAAUUUAAUUUUAAUUUAA